GCCUACCGAUGCAUAAACUGACGGGAUAACAUCGUAGUACGAGCGGGUGGCCUAUAUAAGCUGACUUGAGGCACUGCAUAUCCUUGUCUCGGUGGCUUGGAGCGCUUGCAUUGCUUCUCUAAUUUCAAUUUCAUUUUUCAACAUUGAUGGAGGUGAACAAAGAACUGGGACGCGACCUUUCCGACAGAUUUGUUGGGUUGAGUUCAGGAAAGGACACCAUGUCAGUGCCAGCAUGGAAAUUUGGUUUCAAAUCCUCAAGCCCUGUACAACCAGAAGAUAACAAUAACGAAGCUGGAAUUACUGAGCUAAGAAUGCAGAGCUUAGACAACAAGGCUGCUUCCCCAAAUGACAACCUUGUGCGUAAAACAAAGUCAUUCAAUGAUAGUUUCUUGGUCAAUAUCGAUGAUCUUUUCGACAAUGUUUCUGCUGGAAGCUUCGAUAAGACAGGGAAUACUGCAAUGUGUCAAUCUUCAUCAACUCCCAAGGAGGACUCAGAUUUCCGCAAGUUGAGUAAACUACAGAUUGAACCUACAUUACCUAUAGCUCUCAGGUUCCAGGAUGUCAAAUACAAGGUCUAUGCUGAGAAGUACAUACUUCAUGGAAUCACUGGAUCAGCCCAUCCAGGUGAAGUUCUUGCUCUUAUGGGACCAUCAGGAUGCGGUAAAACAACUCUGCUCAAUCUUCUCAGUGGAAGGGUCAAAUUCAACAGUGGUGCAAUCACUUACAACGAUCAACCAUAUAACAAGUCCCUGAAUCGGAGGAUUGGCUUUGUGACACAAGAUGAUAUUGUGUUUUCCCACCUAACAGUUAAAGAAACUCUUACUUACGCUGCAUUGCUCCGUCUUCCCAACAUGUUGACUAGAGAACAGAAGAAAGAAAGAGCCCUGAAUGUUAUAAGUGAGCUAGGCCUUGAAAGGAGUCAAAAUACAGUAAUUGGUGGAAAAUUUGUGAGAGGGAUAUCAGGUGGGGAGAGAAAAAGGGUCUGCAUUGGCCAUGAGAUUCUUCUCAACCCAUCACUUCUACUCCUGGAUGAGCCAACAUCAGGUCUGGACUCGACAACUGCACUUAGAAUUGUUCAGAUUCUACAGGACAUGGCAAAGGCUGGCAAGACAGUGGUGACCACGAUACACCAGCCUUCUAGUAGGCUCUUCAGUAAGUUCGACAAGCUUAUUCUAUUGGGAAAUGGAAGUUCCUUGUACUUUGGAAAGGCAUCAGAAGCAAUGAUGUAUUUCUCUUCAAUUGGUUGCAAUCCACUUAUAGCCAUGAACCCAGCAGAGUUUCUGAUUGAUCUUGCAAAUGGAAACAUAAAUGAUAAAUCAGUUCCUUCAGAAUUGGAGGACAAGUUCGUACCUGGAAAUAGAAAACUAGAGACAAUAAAGGAAGGGCUUUCCCCUACCGAUGUCCAUGAGUAUCUUCUGGAGGCUUAUGAAGCAAAAGUGGGAACAAUGGAGAAAGAGAAGUCCCUACAGCCUGUUGUGAUUGAAGGCGACAUAGAGAUUCAUGGCAAAUUGAGUCCAAGGGAAUGGGGGGCAACUUGGUGGGAUCAAUUCUUAAUUCUUGUCCGCAGGAGCCUCAAAGAGCGACGCCAUGAGUACUUAAGUUUUAUGCGUGUAACUCAGGUUGUAGCCACUGCUAUAAUAACAGGAUUGCUUUGGUGGCAUUCUGAUGCUUCAUCUCCUGAGCACUUAGAAGAUCAGGCAAGGUUGUUAUUCUUCAUUUCAGUAUUUUGGGGCUUUUUUCCUUUAUUUACUGCCAUAUUCACAUUCCCACAAGAAAGAGCAAUCCUUGCUAAAGAGAGAGGAGUUGGCAUGUAUAGACUCAGCGCAUACUUUGCUGCAAGAAACAUCAGUGAUCUUCCUUUGGAUCUAAUAAUGCCUACAGUGUUCCUUGUGAUAGUCUAUUUUAUGGUGGGAUUGAAGUUGAGCUUUCCUGCAUUUUCUCUGACCUUGCUUACAGUUUUUCUCAGCAUUGUGGCUUCUCAGGGCCUUGGACUUGUUAUAGGUGCAGCAUUCAUGGAUGUAAAGAAAGCAACAACACUGGCUUCCAUUAUUCUCAUGACCUUCAUGUUAUCUGGCGGAUUAUUUCUUCAGAAAGUUCCAACCUUCAUGUCAUGGGUUCGCUACAUUUCUUUCAACUAUCACACAUACAGGCUACUCCUGAGGAUACAGUACCCUUGCUCAGAUCCAGCUCCUGGUUCAAGCCAUUGUCAAUCUCCCCUUUUCACCAAUUUAAGACUAGAUCAUGGUGGAAAAGAAGUGGUAGCAAUGACAGUGAUGAUUGUUGCAUAUCGCCAACUGGCCUACUUCUUCUUAAGGAAAAUGAAACUAAGGAAAAUGGCUUAGUUAAUGUCAUCCUCAAAAGUUCACAAUAGAAUUGGUUAUAUAUAUUGGGUUAUAUCCAAAGGAGAUCGAGAGGACUAAAGUUUAAUGUGAGGGUUCUCUUGGAGUAUAAUUGGCUUAAUGGGUAGUAUAGUUUAGUGAGAGAUGGCAGACAUGGCUUGUGAACGUAACUCUAUGUGGAGAAGGUGUUUUAUGUUUGUACUUUAUUUUUUUUAUAUAGUUUAUACACUUAAGCAGUGCACAACACAUUACAUACAUAAACUUUAAACCAUAUGUUUUACUAAUUGCAUGCUCCUCUUCUAGUAGUACUGUAAGCUGCCAAGAAGAGCCCUCUGGCCUGCAAAAGGGAAUUAAUAAUCAGAAAUAUAUGCAAGAUUUUUUUUUUCUGUAAAUACUUAA